AUGGAAGAUGUUGACGUGCUGGGGCUCACAAACCAGACCUACUUCAAUUUGCAAGGCUUCUCCUAUCUCACCACCCUUCAGGAUUUCCUCUUUGGGGUCAUUCUUCUGAUGUUCCUAAUCACAAUGGCAGGAAACCUUCUUAUCAUCAUAGCUGCAACCGCCGACCCUGCCUUGCACACCCCCAUGUAUUAUUUUCUCCAAAACCUGGCUUUCAUUGAAAUCUGCUUUACACUAAACAUAGUACCCAGGAUGCUUGUGGAUUUGUUGUGGGAGAGAAAGGCCAUCUCCUUCUUUGCCUGUGCCCUGCAACUUUACUUUGUGCUGUCCUUCAUAACUUCUGAGUGCUUCCUCCUGGGUGCCAUGGCAUAUGACCGGUAUGUGGCUAUCUGCCACCCCUUGCGGUAUGCCAUAAGGAUGAACAGCAGAGUGUGUCUUCACAUGGUGGUGGCAUGCUGGGUGGCUGGCAUUCCACCCUCACUAGGACUCACUGCCUGGCUGUUCAGCUACCCCUUCUGUGGCCCCAGGGACAUUGAACAUUUCUUUUGUGAUGUCACUCCUGUCCUGGCCCUGGUCUGUUCAGACACACAUUUAUUCAAGUAUCUUCUGUUCAUUGCUACUGUGGUCAUUAUUUUGAUCCCAUUUAUCCUGAUUGUGGCCUCUUACAUCCAGAUAAUCCACACUAUUGUCCAGAUGCCAUCUGCUGAAAGAAGACUCAAGGCCUUUUUGACCUGCCUUGCUCACCUGGUGGUAGUGACACUGUUCUACUGCACGACCGGCUUGAUACACUUAAAGCCAAAGAGCAGCCUGCUGGUGCACAACAGGAAGCUGAUGGCUCUUUCUUACACGGUGGUAACCCCUAUGCUGAACCCAAUCAUCUACAGCUUACGCAACAAAGAAAUGAAGCGUGCCCUGAGGAAGCUGAUUCAUCAGCUGGAGAGUCAGGCUGUCAUCGAGAAAGCUCAUUCACCUUUCAACAGUCCCAUCUGGCCUGUGCGCAAGCCUAACGGCAAUUGGAGACUCACAGUAGACUUUCGUGCCCUCAACGAGGAGAUAAUCUAUGGAGAUGAUCAGAUGCCCUCGGACCCCGAUGAUGUCCGCAUGAAGCCAGCCCUCUUAAAGAAACUGACCCAGUGUGCUCCUUCCACAUACGUCCCCACACUGGGAGCACUGCUGCUGGGCAGAGACCCCAACAACCUUCCCACGAUCAGAGGGUUUGUGAAUGACCUGAGACAGUUUGAAGAUAGUUUGUCUAGGAGGACCUUAAUAGCAGCUGUGGAAACCCUCACCCAGGAGAUGAAUGAGCUGAAAGCCUCUGUCUCUGAACUGCAGAAGGCAGAGGAUGACUGCUCUUCACCUUCAGAAUGGGAGACCAGCCCAAGGCAGACAGGGGACACACAGGGGUUCACUUUGGAGAACACUGUGUGA